AUGGCAGACACACUCCCAGCACAAGCCCCAGCCGCAACUGGCACAUCAACAGGUGCAACAGCCACAACAGCAGGCACAACAACAAACACACAAUCUCCAAGCACCAACAACCCAGCCACCGGCAACGCCAACACCAACACAACCACCACAGACCCAAACAGCGGCAACCGCGGCCUCCCCUACUACGAAAAACUCCGCCGCGACCUCCGCGACGCCCUGCAGAAGAAACGCCUCAUGGACAAAAGCAUGGCCCAACUCGAGGACCAAAUCUUCCGCUUCGAGCAAUCCUACCUCGAAGAAACCACCGCUGGAAACAUCAUCAAGGGCUUCGACAACUACAUCAAGGGGUCCGGGUCGAGCACGGGGCUCGGCGCAAGCGGGAUAGCGCUGGCGGGGGGCAUGGGCGGCGCAGCGCGCCGUAAGGCACAGGUGACGGACGCGGAUAGGGUGUUUUCGAGGAGUUCGGCGAGUUUCAUGCGGGAUUCUCCCGCUCCAUCAUCCGUGCAGACUACGCCUUCGCAUGCGCCGACGCCGACGUCGACGUAUAACGGGUCGAACGGGAAGCCGAACGGCGAGGGGACGUCGUCCGCUGCGGCGAGCGUGAAGGGGUCUUCGUCUUCGUCGUCGUCAUCGAAGAACAAGAAGAAGUCUGGGGGUGCGAAUGGUGCCGGUAACAAGGAUAAAGAUAAGGAUGAUGAGGGUGAUGAGGGAGGGGAUAAGCCGCCUGCGAAGCGGUUGAAGAUUACUUAUGGGAGGGAUUAG